AGCCAUGUUGAGGAUGAGCUGGGAGGAAGAGCUCCAGGAUGAGCUGGUUUGCCCCAUCUGCCUGGAGUCCUUUAAAGACCCAGUGAUUCUAAAAUGUGGGCACAAUUACUGCCAAGCCUGUAUUAACAAGUGCUGGGGGGCCUCGGGAAUGGGGGUUUGCCCCCAGUGCAGGAAAUCUCUCCUCAAGGGAGAGCAGAGGCCUAACAAGCCGCUGGAGGAGGCAGUGGACAUAGCGAGAGACCUGGAAGGAGCAUGCAAGAAACAUCAAGAAGUUUUCAGUCUCUUCUGCAAAAAGGACCGGACCCUGAUCUGCAUGGUCUGCAGAGAGUCUCGGGAACACAGAGAUCACACAGUCGUUCCUAUUGCGGCAGCUGCAGAGGAGUAUAAGGAGCAGAUUCUGAGUCAUCUGAGUCGUUUUCAGCGUGUGAGAGAGGAGCGAGGGAGACAGGUAGCUGCUGAAGAAGGGAAAUAUCAAACUGUACUGGAGAAGACAGAAUGCCAGAAGCAGGAGAUUGUGUCUGAAUUCAAGCAAGAGUGCCAGAUUUGGAAGCAGGCAGAGCAACUCCUGCGGAACUGCCUGGAAGGCACGAUACAGGACCUUGUGAAGACAAGGAAUAAAAAUACUAAGGGGCUAUUACUUCUUGAUAACCAGAUAGCUGAGCUAAAUCAGAAGUGCCAGCAGCCAGGGAUUGAAUUCCUCAAGGACAUUGACAGCACCUUAAGCAGGUGUGAGCAGGUGAAAGGUGAAGAGCAGACGCCUGUUGAGUCUUUGACUGAACUGGAGAGCAGGGUGCAGGCUCUCUCUGAAAGCCAGAAAGUUCUACGUGAUCUGCUGAAGAAUUUCAAAGUGGAAUUGGCUCCAGAAUUGGGUCCUCUUGAAAACAUCUCAUCUGACGUUAAGGGACAAGUGAGUGGUGAAGACCCAACAGAGGAAGUGCCCGACAACCCUGAACAAGAUGAUACUUCUGUUUGCCUGCUGGACUGUGAGGAAGGCAAACACAGCUCAGACAGUUGCAAGGAGCAAGAAGUUGUUCUCACUGAUGAACAGAAUAAUUUAACUGACUUCAUAAAAGCUGAGCCAGAGGAAGCCUUAGGUCAUUGGUUUGGCUCCAAGGUCAGGAGACGUGCAUGGAAAAUCGUAGCUGCUGUCGAAGCUGCACUUCUACUUGCAGUUCUUAUUGCAGUGAUUGUCUGCUCAGUGUCAAAGUCCAGUGUGACUCCUCCAGACAGUCCUGCUGCCUGCUGCCCUGAAAACUGGAUUGGGUACCAUGGGAAAUGUUACCUGUUCUCUGCUGAUGAAGCAGACUGGACCUUGAGCCAACAUUUCUGCUCUUCCAGUGGUGCCUCCUUGGCUUGGCUAGACACCCUGCAGGAAAAGGAUUUCUUAAUGCAACACAAGGGCAACCUUGAUCCCUGGAUUGGUGUCAGCAAGGAACCAGGCCAGCCUUGGAAGUGGACAAAUGGCUCAGUGUUCAACAACCUGGUUCAAAUAGGAGGAGGAGGAGACUGCGCCUAUAUAUAUGAAAUAACUGUCAGUAGUUCAACAUGCGACACAAAGAGGAACUGGAUCUGUAGCAAACCUGAUGAAUUUGCAAAGAGAAAGAUUGCAUAAGAACUAUUAACCUGGGCCAUCUUGAUUUUGAUGCUAGUUGGGGUACCAAGAAGGAAAGAAUUGUUUUAUGUGGCUUGGGUGGUCUGUAAGUUUUUGGACGUCUAUGGUCUAUAAUGUUUCUAAAUGUUUCCUGGAGCUCUGAAAAUUAAGCAUGUUAGCUCUUUUUUUUUUAUGAUUGGGCUGCUGUUCAGCUGUUCUUAUGGUCAAUGAUUUCAGUCUUUUGUGGUUUUUAAAUUGUUCAAAACAUAGUAUGUACAUCUAGUUCUGCUGAAUAGUGCUAAGAAAGUUUUUUUCAGACUUUUGUACUGGUGAUCCCGUUCAGACAGCAAGCCUCUGAGUGCGAUCCUCCCUUUUAAACUAAA